AAUUUAUUCCUCCAACCCUCCCAUAGCGGCCUCACAUUCCCGUCAUUUUUUUCUUUGCACCCAACGCUCAUCUUAUCCACACUCACGCACUAUUGCCUCAGUUCUGUAUGUUUCCCUGUGCCGUGCGCAUCCACUCGUGUCCUGCCUUGUGAUUGAGCAGGAUGAGGCGUUGCAGGGCUAUAGUGACGAUGGCGGUGAUGGGUGUGGCGAUUGCUGCAGAUGUACCUUUCAUUGAGACCAAAGGCGGGCGCCUCUCGGGCAUUGUGGAGGAGUCGUUCAAGGGCAGAGACUUUUUCUCAUUUUACGGCAUUCCUUAUGCUCAGCCACCCUUGGGCAAGCUGCGAUUCAAGGAUCCCGAGCCCUUUCAAAACUGGGUGGGCCUGGGUGAAGCCUCAGCCCCUGCAUCACCAUGCAUACAGUUUUCAAAUUUUGCACAGACGCUUGGAAAGAAUGAAGUGAUAGGACAAGAGGACUGCCUCUACCUCAACGUGUUUACUCCCAAGGUGGAAGAAAUCGCGAAAUUGCCGGUAAUGGUUUGGCUUCAUGGCGGGGGAUUUGUCCGUGGUAGUGGCAAUGAAUACCUUCCUCACGUUCUUCUCGACCACGACAUUGUGUUGGUGGUGGUGCAGUACCGCCUGGGUGUCCUGGGUUUCCUUUCUACCGAGGACUCGGUAAUGCCUGGGAACCUCGGCCUCAAGGACCAGACCAUGGCGCUGGAGUGGGUCAAGAGGAACAUCCAACACUUUGGCGGGGACAAUACGCGGGUCACAAUUUUUGGGGAGAGUGCCGGUGGUGCCUCCGCUCAUUUCCAGAUGCUGACCAGAAUAGCGAAAGGUCUUUUUUCCCGUAGUAUUCUACAGUCCGGCACGGCGCUGUGUCCCUGGGCCAUCAACAGUAAUCCUCGCAAAGCAGCGAUUCAGGUGGGCACUACUCUUGGCUGCCCCACACAUCAUGGUAGCGACGCUCUCCUGCUCUGCCUGCAGGAACUGGAUGUAAAGGCCCUCUUUCCCCUCUACAAUGAUUUCAAAAAAUGGUACACAUUACCACUUAUCUUCACUCCUUGGGUGGAUGGCCACUUCCUGCCUGACCACCCAGCCAAGCUGAUGCUUGACGGCUGCCACGCCAAGGUGGACAUCAUAUCGGGCAUUACUAGAGACGAGGGAUCUCUUUUUGCUUUACCUGCAUGGGCGAAGAAACAAUUCUUGGAAGAACUGCAUCAUAACUUCAGCGUGGCCGGCCCUGCGUCCCUUCAGCUUGUGGGCAGGAGCGAGGACCCAGUGGGCGUGGCGCGCCAGCUGUACCACCACUACUUGGGCACCACCCGCGUCACCGAGGCGCACGCUGAAGACUUCAUGAGGAUGCUUUCUGACAAUCAUUUUGCCUUGUGUCAUGACCUCACCACUGCCUGCCAAGCCCAGCAACUGCACCCCGCCGGCCACACCUUCCGGUACGAGCUGCAGCACUAUGGACAGCUUUCCUUCAGUCAGCUGCUGUGCCCUUCCUGUGACAAGAAAUGGGUGAGUCACGUUGACGACCUGUACUACCUGUUCCGCGGCGGCAAUCUCCUCACGCCACCAACCGCACCCGAAGACCGCCCUAAGGACCUGCAGCGACCCGACGACCUGGCGCUCAGAGACAUCAUCACGACUCUCUGGACGAACUUUGCUGCCACCGGGAACCCAACACCUGACGGCUCCCUGGGCUUCACGUGGGAACCCAGCACAGCAAACAACCUGCACUACCUCUCCCUCACUCCUUCACCCUCCAUGCAGCCUGACAAUCGCAAAGAGAUUCGCAGGUUGUACAACUCCCUUCCCCUUAAGGAAAAUAUGAUCCUUCACCCUCACCUGGUGAAAGGCGAACCCAAUGCACCUGAGGAUGUCACGCGCUCCCUAAAGACUGAGCUCUAAUCCACAAUUCUUCUAGAAAUAAGCUUGUAAUAAGAAUUUCAUCUUUAUCCACCUGGCUUUUCAUUGCAAUAUAACAUCGUUUACGAUUACCGCGGUUCCCUAUGAUUUGUGUUUGCUAUCUCGGAUAAAUUGUAAAUAUUAAUAAAUGAAACAUAUAUUUUAAAUUGCUUUGUUAACUGGUUUAACAUAUCUUUAGAGAGAAACUGUAUUUUGUCAUGCCUCUUAAUGACUGCCUUGACCAUUCUGUCACGCAUUUCCAAAUUGGCGAUAGCGUUCUGACCUGCUAUACAUUUUUUCAAGCGUCACUAAUGUUAACACGUCAAAAUAUGUAUAGUGCCUGUUUUCUUUGAUAUCAUUGAUAGGUAUUGAAUAUCAGUUUGCUUUAGUAUGUAUCCCUGUCAUAUUAGUACAAUGUUAUUAAUGUAAUUGUAGCAAAACAUAGAGAAGAUGCCUCUAUGUUGUACUUUAAUGCUGGAAUCGAAGGGGAAUGUUUCACGUGAGAUACCUGUGAGAUUAUGUUCUUUGAAGGAGAGACAACAAAUCAUCUAUAGAGACCAAAACAUGAAUUAUGGCCACGGAAAACAAGACAAGCAAACCCUUACCAUUGACAGUUGAAUAUUGCUAGUGCCAUGUGUUAAUUCCUUCCAAGAACCGAACAACAUUUCCAGAUUCUGUUCACUCCUCAUCAGAAAAAAGAAUAAAAAAGAAAGCGAAAAUUUACUUA